AAUGGAAUUAUCAAUGUUGUUAUUGUCAAUUGAUAGUUGAGUUGUCAAUGAAAAAAAUGAUUCAAAAAAAAGAAUUCAAUCAUAUAAAAAAGUAAUACUGAAACAUAUUAGGAACGCAAUGUGCCGCUACUAUAUUCAUUCCGGAAUUCUUCUGGCAACGCUGCCGAUUAGUCGAUUACUUGCUAAAACAAUGGCUGCUACUUUCGAUCAAUAUGACAAGUCCAGUUGGUAUUUUGGUGCAAUGUCACGACAAGAUGCCUCGGAUUUACUCAUGGGUGAGAAAGAAGGUGGCGUAUUCUUAGUACGUGACAGCACAUCAAUACAAGGAGAUUUUGUUCUAUGUGUACGAGAAGACAGCAAGGUUAGCCAUUAUAUUAUAAAUAAAAUUCAACAGGGUGAUCAAAUACGUUAUCGGAUUGGAGAUCAAACAUUUCCUGAUAUUCCCAACCUUUUGGCUUUUUACAAAUUACAUUAUUUGGACACAACGCCACUGAUCAGGCCUGCACCUAAAAGAACACAGAGGGUAGUAGCAAAGUAUGAUUUUGAGGGCAAUGAUCCUGAUGAUUUACCUUUUAGAAAAGGAGAAAUUCUUACAAUUAUAUCAAAAGAUGAAGAGCAAUGGUGGACUGCUAGAAAUGCUCUUGGUCAAACUGGUUCAGUUCCAGUUCCCUAUGUUCAAAAAUAUGAAGAAGACAAUCACCCUGUGAUUGAAAAUAAUUCACGUCCAGAAAGUGGAGGAAGUUCAACUAUAAAUUCUAAUUCAGUUCAAAUUUCUGCUUCCCAAAUGUCUUAUCCAGAAAGUGGACAAGGGACCACUCGUAGAUCGAAUAUUCAGAGAACAUUACCUGCUUUUGCAAAAGUAAAACAAGCAAGAGUACCAAAUGCAUAUGAUAAAACUGCUCUAAAAUUAGAAGUUGGAGAUGUGAUAAAAGUUACAAAGACUAAUAUAAAUGGUCAAUGGGAAGGUGAAUUACAUGGCAAGGUUGGCCAUUUUCCAUUCACACAUGUUGAAUUUGUAGAUAAUGAGACUGGAGAAGACAAUCAGGAAAUUUAACGGAAGUCUUCCAUUGAAUAAAGAAGUUAAUUUGGAUAGUUUUAUAUUGGCAGUUUAAGUUCAUAUUAGCAAGUAUUCUGUGUAUUGGUACAUGAAAUCAUCUCAUUUUUAAAUUUUUUGUAAUAAUUUGAAAUUUCAAAUAUUUUAUAACACAUUUUUAUAUAUUAAGUGUUAAUUAUAUAAUAUUGCACAAAAUUUAAAUGAAUAUUUUUAUAAAUCGUUCUACAUUUCUAGUCAUAAAGUAUCAAUUGUAAAUGAUUACUGAUUAAUAUUGAUUUUGUCAAAAGUUAUAAAAAUUUUCUGAUUUUAAAUUUUGUACCGAUACAUAUUGUACUGCUUAGCCAUAGGUUGUGCCACAGAUGGAACAACAUUUUUUACUAGACAUAUUAAAUGAUGGAAUUGUUAAGCAUAUUACAAUUGUAAUUUACAUAAAUUACAUUAAUUAUAUAUUACUAUGUAAUUAUAUAAGUUUCGAUUGCUGAGUAAUUUUUCUAAGAGAGCAGAAAAUGUGAAUUUAUGUUUAUGAGUGAAUGGUAUAAUAUUUUCAUGAUUGUAAGUUACAAAAAUUACUUGUUAAUAUGUAAUUAUAUAAAUUGCAAAAAUAAUUAGUUUUGUAAAAAUAGUAGCUAUUUUCAAGUUCCGCUUUAUGCUAUAUAUAUAUAUAUUUAUAUAUAUAUAUAUAUACAUAUAUAUAUAUAAGUUUUAUCGUAAUUAUAUCAGUCAUAGGCAUGUACGAGUUAUUGUAAAUUAUAUAUUAUUAAUAUUAUUAUACAUAUAUAUUAUUAAUAUAUAAUUAUAUAAGUGAAAUAUUCGUGAUGUUUUUAAGAAUAACAAUUUCAAGGAUUUUUUUUGAAAAAAUUUUUUUUGAUCUUAAAAACCAGUAUAGAUAUAGUUAUGUAUAAAUACAUUUUAAUAUAUAUAUUUACAUAUUAUUAUA